GCGGCGGAGCGCACCGACCAACCAAACUCUUCCAGAACCAUCCGUGCGUCAUGCGGGGGCGGGCCCGGCGCCGGCCAAUGGGGCGGUGCGGCGCCACGUUCGGAGCCAAUGGGAGGAGGGCGGGGGCGGGCGCGUUGCGGGCCGUCGGGUUCGGCUGGUCGCGGCGCUGAGGAGGAGCGGAGCGGCGGCGGCGACUUGGAGGAGUUGGGGCUCGGCGCUUCCCCUCCCCCCGCCUCGCCCCCCGCCCCCGGCCGCCCCCCCCUCCCCGGGGCCCGCUCGCUCCCCGUCCCCCCGGGGCGCUCCCGGGGGCCAGGCCCAUGGCUCCUCAGAAGCACGGCGGAGGCGCGGGGCCCAGCUCGGGCUCCGCCGGCGGCGCCGCCGGAGGAGGAGGCGGAGGAGGCGGAGGAGGAGGAGGAGGAGGAGGAGGAGGCGGCGGAGGCAGCGGGGGCUUCGUGGGCUCCGCCGCGGCGGCGGCUCCGGCCGGGAAAUCCGGGGGUGCGGCGGGCGGCGGCGGCGGCGGCGGAGGAAGCGGUUACUCGGGCGGCUCCUCGGCCUCCUCGGCGGCGGCAGCGGCGGCGGCGGCGCUGCCCCCCGUGAAGAAGCCGAAGAUGGAGCAGAUCCAGGCCGACCACGAGCUCUUUCUGCAGGCCUUCGAGAAACCAACCCAGAUAUACAGGUUUCUACGUACCCGGAAUCUCAUAGCGCCAAUAUUUUUGCACAGAACUCUCACUUACAUGUCCCACAGAAACUCCCGAACAAAUAUCAGAAGGAAAACGUUCAAAGUAGAUGACAUGUUAUCAAAAGUAGAGAAAAUGAAGGGAGAACAAGAAUCUCACAGCUUGUCUGCUCAUUUGCAACUUACGUUUACUGGUUUCUUCCAUAAAAAUGAUAAGCCAUCACAAAACUCAGAGAAUGAACAAAAUUCUGUAACCCUGGAAGUACUGCUUGUGAAAGUUUGCCACAAGAAACGAAAGUGUUCCGUGAUCUAUCUGAGAGAUACUGAAUAUAGUAAAUCCCAGGAUGUCAGUUGUCCAAUAAGACAGGUUCCUACAGGUAAAAAGCAGGUGCCUUUAAACCCAGACCUCAGCCAAAUAAAACCAGGCAACUUCCCGUCGCUUGCAGUUUCCAGUAAUGAGUUUGAACCAAGCAACAGCCAUAUGGUGAAGUCUUACUCAUUGUUAUUCAGAGUAACUCGCCCAGGAAGAAGAGAGUUUAAUGGACUGAUCAAUGGCGAGACUAAUGAAAACAUUGAUGUCAAUGAGGAGCUUCCAGCUAGACGAAAAAGAAACUCUUCAAAUCGUGAAGAUGGAGAAAAGACAUUUGUAGCACAAAUGACUGUAUUUGAUAAAAACAGGCGCUUGCAACUACUGGAUGGCGAAUAUGAAGUGGCCAUGCAGGAAAUGGAAGAGUGUCCCAUUAGUAAGAAAAGAGCAACAUGGGAAACAAUACUUGAUGGGAAGAGGUUGCCUCCAUUUGAAACAUUUUCUCAGGGACCUACACUUCAGUUUACUCUUCGCUGGACAGGAGACACAAAUGAUAAGUCUACAGCUCCUAUAGCUAAGCCUCUUGCAACACGAAAUUCUGAAAGCCUCCCUCAAGAAAACAAGCCCAAUUCUGUUAAACCUACUCAGACUAUAGCUGUGAAAGAAUCUUUGCCAACAGACCUUCAAACAAGAAAAGAGAGAGAUGUUUUAAAUGAGCCUCGACAAAAGUUGCGAAUAUUUUACCAGUUCCUUUAUAACAACAACACAAGACAGCAGACUGAAGCCCGAGAUGACUUGCAUUGCCCAUGGUGCACGCUGAACUGUCGGAAACUGUAUAGUUUACUCAAACACCUUAAACUUUGUCACAGCAGAUUUAUCUUUAAUUACGUUUAUCAUCCAAAGGGUGCUAGGAUAGAUGUGUCUAUCAAUGAGUGUUAUGAUGGCUCCUAUGCAGGGAAUCCCCAGGAUAUCCAUCGUCAACCUGGUUUCGCCUUCAGUCGUAACGGACCGGUCAAAAGAACUCCUAUCACACACAUACUUGUAUGCAGGCCAAAGCGUACGAAAGCAAGUAUGUCAGAAUUCCUUGAAUCUGAAGAUGGAGAAGUAGAACAGCAGCGAACAUACAGCAGUGGGCACAAUCGGUUAUAUUUCCACAGUGACACAUGUUUACCUCUCCGUCCACAAGAAAUGGAAGUAGACAGUGAGGAUGAAAAGGACCCUGAAUGGCUACGGGAGAAAACCAUUACUCAAAUUGAAGAAUUCUCUGAUGUUAACGAAGGAGAGAAAGAAGUGAUGAAAUUAUGGAAUCUUCAUGUUAUGAAGCACGGGUUUAUUGCUGACAAUCAAAUGAAUCAUGCCUGUAUGCUGUUUGUUGAAAAUUAUGGACAAAAAAUAAUUAAGAAGAACUUGUGUCGAAACUUUAUGCUACAUCUGGUCAGCAUGCAUGACUUUAACCUCAUCAGCAUAAUGUCAAUAGACAAAGCUGUUGCCAGGCUCCGAGAGAUGCAGCAGAAGUUAGAGAAAGGAGAAUCAGCCUCCCCAACAGAUGAGGAAUCUUCUGAGGAACAGAGUGGGACAACAAAUGGAUAUAGUGAAAAUAAUAUGAGAGAGAGAAUUUCAGAAAUGGAUAGCAUCUCAGGUGUCACAAAACAGAGCAAGAAACAAAAGCUCUGAAGUCAAAAGUCAAAUUGCAUUCAACGGACAAGCAUUGAAGUGACAUUCUAGGGUGCAUGAGCUCUAUAAAAAAUUACACACA